AAUUUGUUACUGGAGAUGAUGAAUGCCAUCAUGGAUACAGUUGAUGCUGAAAAUCAGGUGGAACUGGAGGAAAAAACACAACUUAUUAAUCAAGUGUUGAAACUUAAACACACACUUGAAGAUCUGUCGGCAAGAGUAGAUGCAGUUAAGGAAGAAAAUCUGAAGCUAAAAUCAGAAAACCGAGUUCUUGGACAAUAUAUAGAAAACCUCAUGUCAGCUUCUAGUGUUUUUCAAACAACUGACACAAAAAGCCAAAGAAAGUAA